AUGGCAAACUGCACUGCAGUACACAUCAAAGAACAGGAGGGCUCUUCUACGCCUUCGGAUUGCAGCUUGUCAAGCGAGUCGUCCAGUAGGAGCUCGAAGAACAGAACAGAGCCUGACAUUAAGCAAGAAGAAGGCGGCGAGGAAGGACAGUUCGCGUGCUCCCCCUGCGGCGGAGCCUUCGUCUCCGAGAGGUUCCUGCAGGAGCACCGCGGGGAGAAGCACCCGGGCGGGGGAGACAAGCACCGGUGCAGGUUCUGCGACUACGCGAGCGCGGACGCCUUCUGCGUCCGCAAGCACGAGCGGGUCCACACGGGGGAGAGGCCGCACGUCUGCCAGGUCUGCAGCAAGGGGUUUGCGCAGCGGAGCAACCUGGUGAAGCACCUGCGGAUGGUGCACCGGGGGGAGAGGGUGUACAAGUGCGCCACCUGCGGGGACAGCUUCCAGCAGAAGCACCACCUGAAGGACCACGGGAGGGUGCACACCAAGGAGAGGCCCCACGUCUGCGAGCUGUGCGGCACUGCGUUCACGCUGAAGCGGAACCUGCGGAGGCACCUGCGCCUCACCAGCUGCAACGGCCACAAUAAGUAG